AUGGCACCAGCAACACCAUCGUCCACACCAGCAGUAGCAGAACCAACUCCUUUACCAGUAAUAGCAGAAACAACUCCUCCACCAGCAGCAGAUAAACCAACUUCUCCACCAGCAGAAACAGAACCAGCUCCUCCUCCAUCAUCUUCAGGGGUAGCAGAAAAGAAUAGACCAGUCACAGUAAGUAAAGUAUCAUCUUUGUCUCAUGAUGAAGUUGUACCAAAUGACUUGGGAAAAUAUGUUCUUAGAAAACUUGUUGACACAACACCAUCGUCCACACCAGCAGUAGCAGAACCAACUCCUUUACCAGUAAUAGCAGAAACAACUCCUCCACCAGCAGCAGAUAAACCAACUUCUCCACCAGCAGAAACAGAACCAGCUCCUCCUCCAUCAUCUUCAGGGGUAGCAGAAAAGAAUAGACCAGUCACAGUAAGUAAAGUAUCAUCUUUGUCUCAUGAUGAAGUUGUACCAAAUGACUUGGGAAAAUAUGUUCUUAGAAAACUUGUUGACAGUUAA